CAAAUUCAGACAACACCUAAAUUUCCUCCUGGAUUUCAACAAGUCUCUGCCCAGAACAAGCCGAUCUGCAGUGGGGUUCGCGACUUACGCGGGAGAUACCGCAUGACGGCUCACGUAAAUGGCUUUUCAUACUCAUCAGAGCGGCCAUUGGGUCGGGCAUACGCCCGGUCCUAGCUAUAUGUCAGGAAUGAGCCCAGCAAUGCCGCCUUUAUCAGGACCUCAAGUUCACCCCCAACCACAUCCACAACAAAGUGGCCCUCAACCACAACGACCUGAAAGCUACCGCCUAGAAGUCUUACAACAACCUACGAUGGCGAAAGCUGCGAAUGGUAAAGACAAAGACCGAAAACCGGUCGAUCCACCACCAAUCCUUCAACUACACGUUCCGAGCGAUGAGGACCCAGAUGGCGUAUACCGACAAAGUCCUUAUCUCAUAGCGGUUGCGUAUUUAGAAUAUGCGCAUCCCCCUGGUCCGAGUGGCCAGGCCAGUCCACCAGCAAACAUGAUGGCAGGAACAACAGUUUCGUCGCUACAUCGAUUAAAAGACCCUACGAACAAGGAGGGUGCUUUCUUUGUGUUUGGUGAUUUGACGAUCAAGAGUGAAGGAGAGUACGUGAUCCGGUUUGAUUUACUGCAAAUGACGAUGGACAAUCUCGACGACGGCGAGUUUUGGAUGACGAUAUGUUCGGUUACGAGCGAGCCUUUUAAAGUCCAUGCCGGCAGAGCCUUUCCAGGAAUGGCGGAGUCGACAUUUCUCACCAGAUCGUUUAGCGAUCAAGGGGUUCGUCUUCGAUUACGCAAGGACUCGAGACAGAUUGCCAACAAGAAGAAGAAUCUACGGAUGGCCGAUCAGAUGGACAAGCAGACAGGGCACAGGCAAGGAAGUGCGUCUCAAAAUGGUGGUAUACCGCAAAUCGAUGACCGAUCUUACCACGACUACGGAGACGAACCGGUAGCGAAGAGACACCGGCCAGAAUACUCGACGAUAAACCCGGGUACGCCGACACAGGAAGGCGCAGAAAUGCGCUGGGGUUCUUAUGCCACCCAAACAGGUCCAACGUAUGGAUCCCAGCAAUUAUUGGGAUCCGUGACCACAGGCCCACCAACGUCGGCCGCCACAGUGUCAAUGCCUCCUCCAACGGGCCGUAUUGACACCCAUUUCUCUUCGCUCGCUCAAGGAUCACACGCUUUUGAGCGACACUCACCGAUGAACCACUCGCCUAUUCAAUUCGCAAAUCCUAAUGCCCAAAAUUCCUCCCAUCCCUUCAUAUUCACAGGCGGUUCUAAUACCGGCAACAACCCGUCCCUGAAUCUAGCUCCGAUUCCAUCCCAUCCACAGUCCGCGAUGGCCUCUCCAAUACACAACGUCUCCCCUCGAACCCACGGCCCGCUGAACGGGGCGCCACCAUCCGGAACGGCGUCUCCAGUGGGUCCCAACAUGUAUACCACGGCGCCGCCAGCUCCUAAUUCGCAUCAACCUCAUCAUUCCCCUUACGCUAAUCAAGGGCCAUACCACAGCAUGCAAAAUGCUUACGACCAUGGCAGUCUACGAGAGCAUGGCUUGGGUACGCCAUUGACAGCAACCAUGCCAUCCGAGAGCAUGAACGGAUCAUACCCUUUAGGUGGUAACGACUCGUUCGACCACCACCUGGGCCAUAUGGUCAACAAGACAGAGGACCAUUAGCAACGACAGGCGUCGUCAUAUGCAACUUUAAUUUACUAAAUUUCUCGCCCGCGGAAACUACGCUAGAUGCUAUUCGCCGAAUCACUUCCCAUUAUCCUCAUCCCCCACUCCCACCCCCUUUUUUCUUUCUCGACCUUGAAACAUACUCCGGGGAGAGAGAGGAAGGAAGGGAGGGGGCAGGAAUCCGAUGGUUUAAGAAUACUACUUUUUAGUUCUAUCUUGCUAUCAGCAGAGAUUAUUACAUACACGUUGUCUCACCCCUUGACCUUAUGACGGCAUCUACGCAAAACCCCCUCAGGAGAACCGUCCAAUCGUUUUUAUACUACCAGUACCACUACUACCACUACUUUUUAUUUUUAAAGAGUUAAUCGUCACACGCAUCGCCACGGAAA